CGGGCGAGCCCACAAAACGAAGAGUUCGACUAAGUGUCGUUCAGUGCUUCAUUUGGCGUAUUUGAGAGCGCGCGGGGAUCGCGGCGGCGCUUCCUUUGAUUUACUACGCAACUACCAUUUGGCGGGAAACGCCACAGCGGUGGCGCAUUGAUACCUCGGGUGAAGCAGCACGAAAAUCCGUAGUAUUAAAACGCGCUGCUGGAAAAUCCUGCAGUAAAUGAAAUCACAGCCGCGCUGAGGGAGGAGGAGGAGAGGUGCCGCCGCUGCAGGAGAAGAAGGAGAGGAAGGCGUGAGCAAAAGCCGGCACUGCGGACUCCCACACUUUUGGAUUACUUUCACUUGACAGCACUUGGCGACUGUUUUAACACGCUUACGCUGCGUUUUUGGAUUCAGUGCUGAUAAACGACUGUCAGCAGUAGCAGCAGCAUGCCGCUGAGCUCAGGCAUGGCGAGCAGUAAGAACUACGACUACGACUACGACUCCUACCAGCCCUACUUCUACUACGACAACGAGGAUGAGGGCUUCUACAGCCAGCAGCACAGUCAGCCGCAGCCCCCGGCUCCCAGCGAGGACAUCUGGAAGAAGUUCGAGCUGCUGCCCACGCCCCCGCUCUCCCCCAGCCGGCGGCCGUCCCUCAGCGGCGGCAGCAGCCCGAGCACCAGCCCGUUCCCGUCCCGAGCGGACCAGCUGGAGAUGGUCACGGAGUUUCUCGGGGACGACGUGGUGAACCACAGCUUUAUCUGCGACGCGGACUACUCGCAGUCCUUCCUCAAGUCCAUGAUCAUCCAGGACUGCAUGUGGAGCGGCUUUUCCGCCGCGGCGAAGCUGGAGAAGGCGGUGUCGGAGCGGCUAGCCUCGCUGCAGGCUGCCCGCAGGGACGCGUCGAGGGGCGGGUCCACGGAGGACGCCGGCCCGGGGCGGCUGGGCUCUAACUUUGGCUAUCUGCAGGACAUGAACGCGUCCGCCACGGACUGUAUAGACCCCUCUGUCGUGUUUCCCUACCCGCUGACGGACUGUACAAAGCUGGGCAGGGCGCCCACGCCGACUUUACCUCUGGAUACUCCUCCAAACAGCGGGAGCAGCAGCAGCAGCGACAGUGACAGCGAUGAUGACGAAGAUGAGGAGGAUGAGGAGGAGAUUGACGUAGUGACAGUGGAAAAGAGAAAAUCUGUGAAGAAGUCCGACCCCGUGGUGUUGAAGCGCUGUCAUGUGAACAUCCAGCAGCACAACUAUGCAGCUCAGCCUAGCAGAGGGACUGAACAACCUGCUGUCAAGAGGCUUCGCUUCGAGGGAGGCAGGUCACUCCGGCAGUCCAGCCACAGUCACAAGACGUCCGACUCUGAGGACAACGACAAGCGCAGGACUCACAACGUGCUGGAGCGUCAGAGGAGGAACGAGCUGAAGCUGAGCUUCUUUGCUCUGAGGGACGAGAUUCCAGACGUGGCGAACAAUGAGCGGGCCGCCAAGGUAGUGAUCCUGAAAAAAGCCACGGAGCACAUUGCCAGCGUUCAGGCAGAGGAGCGGCGUCUCCUGUCUGUCAAAGAGCAGCUCAGGAGGAGGUGUGAACACUUAAAACACAGACUUGAGCAGUUAAGCAACUCCUGAGCUGCUGCUGCUGCUUAUCUUCAUGGACUUUUUUUAAAGCCUUUCGGAAAGGUGUUGUAAUGGAUGCUCAUGACUGCCCCCUGGAGUGAAGGACAUGAUGUGGGCGGGGGCGGUCGACGGUGUCGGCACUGCAUCACUGAUGCAAUCGGACUUUGAUUUGUACCCUUAAAGCUGCCUCAGUCUGAAGCAGCUGAGGCUAUAGAUUUAUUUGUAUUUAAUUUUAUUUUUAGUAAUGCCAGUCAGCAGUCUGUGUACUGUUGGUCUUAACUUAACGUUUUGUUUUUGUAAAUUUUGUACAUAUUUACACAGAUGUAUUGAAGAUACUGUUGAUUUGAAUCAUAAAAGUGUUUCUUUAUAUAAAAGGUGUUUGAAUACA